CCGACCGCCGCUCUGCCCGCCCCGACGCCGGCCGCCUGCUCCGGGCUCGCCGCGGCGGAUGAGCCCCGGCUGCGGAGGUGCUGCUCGAGAGAAGGGGCGAUUUUUUUUUUUUUUUUUUUUUUUUCGUAUUCUCUGCUGGAUUUUAGCCUCUGCGGCUCGUGGCGAGGGAUCCUGUCGUUGAAGGUGCCGGAUUGUUCUUUGAAGGGACACUGCUAGUCUGUGGCUGCAGUUACAGGGGGACGGGGGAGCGGAGCUUAGGGAGCAGCUCGGGUUGCACCGGGGCGUCGUGGGGAGCGGCGACCCCGCAAGCGCGGACGGGAGAGCUCGUCUUUGAGCCUGGCGCGAUGGACUUGGUGCUGCCCCGCCAGAUGCGCGAGGGGAGCAAGGAAGCGAGAGUGAUCUAAGUUUUCUUGGAUUUUCUUGUGUUAGCUUUGCUUUUCGGGCGCGGAGGGGAGGAGGGCGCGGAACGGCUCCCGUCGGGCCCGUCCUCACUUGAGCCCCGCUCCGGGGCCGUGUGCCGGUGCGGGGGGACGGGGGCAGCGCGCGAGGCGAGAGGACAGGCGCUGGGGUUUGCAUGCCCGCAACCGGGGCUCCGUGUGCCCCGCACUCGUGAUCGCGCUUGAAGGCACCGGGAGUUUCUCCGCGUCCGAGCGCGGGUGCGGCGCGGGGGCUCCCCCGCCCCGCGCGUCGCUUUGGGGGAGGCCGGGGAGGGGGGGCCCCUCUCUCGAGGCGGGCUCGCCGGGAUGGAGCUGCGGUCAGAGCUGCCCAGCGUGCCCGCCGCGCCCCCCCCGGUACCCCCCAGCUCGGUGGCGGCCGCGGCGGCUGCGGCCGCGGCCACGCUGCCGGUGAGCGUGGCCGGGAGCUUGCUGCGGGCGCCGCCGCUGCUGCUGCGGGCGGCAGAGAAGUACCCGCGGACACCCAAGUGCGCCCGUUGCCGCAACCACGGGGUGGUGUCGGCGCUGAAGGGCCACAAGCGGUACUGCCGCUGGAAGGACUGCAUGUGCGCCAAGUGCACCCUCAUCGCCGAGCGCCAGCGCGUCAUGGCCGCGCAGGUGGCGCUGCGCCGGCAGCAGGCGCAGGAGGAGAACGAGGCCCGCGAGCUGCAGCUGCUCUACGGCACGGCCGAGGGGCUGGCGCUGGCGGCCGCCAACGGCAUCAUCCCGCCCCGGCCCGCGUACGAGGUGUUCGGCUCCGUCUGCGGCGGGGGCGGCGGCGAGGGAGGCGCCGGCGCCUCAGAGUCCAAGAUGCAGAAGUUCGAGCUGUUCCCCAAGACGCUGCUGCCGAGCCGCGCCGUCACCCCGCAGCAGGCGGGCGGGAAGCCCCUCUCUCCGGACGGCGAGUCCGUGCCCGGUACCUCCUCCCCAGAUGCUCGCCACGGCUCGGGCUCGGAGAACGGAGACGGCGAGUCCUUCCUGAGCUCACCCGUCUCCAAAGGCCCGAAGGAGGGGGAGGAGAGCCCGGGUUCCAUCAGCCCGCUGGGCUCGGACUCGGGUUCGGAGGCGGACAAGGACGAGCAGGACCCGUCGCCCUCGGCCGGCGGCCGGCAGCGGACUCCCAUCGACAUCCUGACGCGCGUCUUCCCGGCGCACAAGCGCAGCGUGCUGGAGCUGGUGCUGCAGGGCUGCGGCGGGGACGUGGUACAGGCCAUCGAGCAGAUCCUCAACAACCGCGGCCCGGAGAAGGGCCCCGAGGAGGGCUGGGCCCGGGACGGCGCCUUGCAGGGCCUGCCGCCCACCCCCGCUGCCGCCGCCGCCCACCACCGGCCCUUGAUCGCCGGCGCCAUGGCCCCGGCCAUCGGCACGCUGGGCAGCCGCUCCGCCUUCUCCCCGCUGCAGCCCAACGCCACGCACUUCGGGGCCGAGGCCGGCGCCUACCCCCUGGGCACCCACCUGGGACUGAACCCCCUGCGCCUCGCCUACUCGGCGCACAGCCGGGGACUGGCCUUCAUGACCCCCUACUCCACGGCCGGGCUCAUGCCCACGCUGGGGUUCCGGCCGCCCGUGGACUAUGCCUUCAGCGACCUGAUGCGGGACCGCUCCGCCGUGCACAAGGAGCAGGUGUACUCCAGCGGGCUCUACGGGCCCAUGGUCAACAACACCCCCGAGAAGCAAUAGCGGCUUCCUAAAGCUCGUCUGUGUAGAGGUAGCUAGGUAGGCACGGGUGGAUGGACACGGGUGGCCUUCUCUCCCCUGUGCAGGUGGUGGUUGCGUGCAGAGCCCGGCGCGGACACACGUUGGUGUAUUAAGGUGAUAAAGGUGCACUUUCAUUGUCCAGACAUGAGUCACUCUUUGUUGCUUAUGGCCAUAAGCAUGGAUAUCCUCAGUGCGUUGUGGGGUGUGCACACACACACACGCUCUUUCCCACACACAUACAUAUAUAUAUAUGUAUACUAGCAAGUGUAUAAUGUUAUAAAAUGGAAAUCUAAGUUAUUAAUGUAACUCGUAGGUGAACUUGGUAUUAACGUUAAGCUAAAGGUUAGACAGCGCAUUGUAAUACUUACCAGGCAUAUAGAUGAAACCUUGUCAAAUUGAAAACCUUUUCCUUCCCGCCCCCAGAAACGUUAUGGUCUGUAUAUAAACAUUGGAAAGUAGAUAUAUUUGUAACUGUCCGUAGGACCCUGGCGCCAAUGGUGUAUGAUGGUUUAAUAAGCCUCCUUCAUUUGUGAUCUGCAAGAAAAUUGCUUUCUUGUUCCGAUGUAGCAAACUUCUUGCUGUUUCUAACAGGUAAUUCUGUGUUUCCAUUUCAUAGAAAUAAAUGUUAUUUUCUAUUAAAAAAAAAUCGGUCUUAUGAAUGGCAAGUGGUAUUUUAUGAGAUGAUGGAAGUGUGUUUUGGGAAAUUCAUUUGACAAGUACAGUCAAUAUUUAAAGGAAUUUAUGCAAAUAGUACAAACAUGUUUACUACAUUUUUAUCAUGGUCAAACUAGAUAUUCUUCAGAUAAAUUUAUAAAUAAAAACGAAGAGUACAAGCAAGAGCAAAUUCCUUAUCAGCUGAAAUUGUCGAAUACCUUUAUUUCUGGUUCUGGUCUUUUUCUUAUUUAUGCCUGGGAAAAAAACCCCAAACCUAUAGAGGUAUAAAUUAAGCAGCAUUUCUCCCUUCGAUAUCUUCCUGGUUUUUGUCAUAUUUAGGAAAUUUGGCAUUGUACAAAGAGAAGCCUGGUUAAAGCGAAUCCCACCUUGCCGACCGCAGGUUGUGUAGCAACGGGAAGGUACUUCCUCCUGGUAUCUGAAAUUUUAUUGUGUAUUUUAGUUGUUUCUGUGUCAAAAUAAGCAAAGGCAUCUAUAAUAAUGACGUUUUUCAGAAUGUAAGGAUGUGCUUGCAGCAGAGAUGGAUGAGUUAAGAUCAGUGUACGGAGUACGUGCAGGGAAGGUUUCUCUGUUUUCGGAGCUGUGCGUCUUUCACCCUCAUCCGAGAGUAAAGGCUGCUUGCCUUUUUGCUGCUUUUUUUCUUUUUUCUUGUUUUUGGCAACGGUGUCAAAAUGCUUUCCAAGAUCAAAAAGUAAGAUGGGCUUUCCUGCCUCUAUUUAUUUCUGCAUUGGGAUGAGCGGGGGGCAGCGGGCGUGCCCCCGUGCAUCCCGAGAGGCGAUCCUGCCGAAGGCCGGAGCGUGACUUUCUUGCCAGUCCUGGGAGUGUUUGGCCCAGGGUAACUAUUACUCACAAAGAACAAGUUCAGUGCGUGGUUGAAUUAAGACUGUAAAAGCUCCUAAAGUUGGUUGGUAUGGAAACCUAAUCCCACCGAACCGCUCCGUGGCACAGCUGGACUGUUUACUUUCUCACUUCAAAUAUAACUGUGUAAACAUUGGCUGCGAGCUGCCAGCGCAGCUCCUACCAACCAGUUAACAUACUGGUGGGGCUGGGAGGACAGGAGUCCCGCCGCAACUAUGGAAGGAAGCUCCUGGGUAAAAUCAAAUUGCAUCAAAAUGCAAUUCUUCUAUCCCGCAUGAGACUGGUCAACUUGGAUACAGUUUUAAGAUUUUCUUAAAAAACAAAAACAAAAACCUGACGAAAAAAGUAAGUAAAUAUUACAGAUUACACCUAGGCAAGUACUUUUGACCCUGAUCCAUCCUGGGAGCAGCCAAAUCAAUAUCACAAGGGAAACUUUAAAAAGUCUCGUGUUCCAAGAGCGGGUGAAACUUAAUAUUACUACAAUAAAACGGUUUAAUAAAGAAGGGCUUUAAUAGUGA